GUGGGAAGGGUUUCACCUUAGAAACAAACAACCCAUUUGGCCGCCUCCCCUCCACACUCGUCCACAUUUAACUGGCCACUGGGAAUGAGUUUCUUCCUUCCAUUCGAAAGUAGUAUCCACUAGAUCGAGACCCAAGUAAUGGUAACCCGAUUGCUCGCCCUCCUCUUUUAUGGGUUUUACAUUCAUCUCAAAUUUCUUUCCAUCAUCACAAUCAUCUCAAAUUUCUUUUCAAAAAAAUCAUCUCAAAUUCUCAAUUCUCCAGUUUAAAACCAGAAGGAUGAACCCAGAGCUUCAUUUUCAAGAACCCAUUCCAUUCUUCUUCUCUCUUCGGCCUAUCCCACUCUGCGGCCCAGAUCCGACUCCUCUAGAACCUCCGCUACCUCGACUUGUCCUUAAAUCUCCUCAAUGGUUUCCCUCCCUCCCGGAGUCUCUCACCGUGCUGGACUUCGAAAUCGGGAAAUAAACGAGGCUUUGUAAUGAACCAAUGAAGGAGAAGGGGUACAGGCAGGUCGCAGGGACAAAGACCCAACUAAACAAAGAGAAAGAAAGGAUGGUAAUAUUCAGUUUUUACUGUCUAUUGUUUGGAACUGGACUAACAGCGCGUGUACUGCACGCUUCUGUUAGCUGACAGUUGGUGACGGUCUCCGGUUUUAUCAAGGGUAAAGUCGGAAAAUUGAAUAUAAAAUUCUAGGGUUGGGUGAAAGGGGUGUAUUAAUUUUGUGGAAUUAACAAGAAAGAAAGUUGUUGAGUCGCUAUGGAUUUGAAACGCAGCAAUACUAGUAGGGGUAGUAAGAUGAGAGAGCUGCCAUUUCUGGUUCUCUACGCCGCCGCUUUCUACGCCUUCAUCAUCCGUCGAUCGCUUCAACUGUCUCGCGAUCAUUAUGCUGAACUGUUCGGAUUGCGUCCUGGGUGGCUCACACCUCAAUGCCUCAAUGUACUCUCUCUCAAUCGAACUCCUCUAUCCUCUUUAUUUUUGCAGAUAUUUGCUCGGACGAAGUACUUCUCUUUGGUAUUCUGGAGUUUCAAUAUAUUCUUUCUUCUCUGCAAUCGUAUUUAUGAAGGAUACUCAUUUUCCUCAUUUGGGGAGCACUGGGCAUUAUUGGACAACUUUCGGGGCACCUUUAGAUGGCAAAUAUGCUUCAACUUCGUUGUUCUGCGCAUGGUAAGCUUUGGUUAUGAUUACCAUUGGGCUCUUCAAGAUUCUCGUUUCGACCAUGAGAAACAUAUACAGCGUUGCACUGUCUGUAGAGCCGGGAAAACUUGUUACCAUUUUUUACAGGAGAGAGGUGUCCAGAGCGACAAGUUUGCCUUUGUCACAUACCUUUCUUAUCUGGCAUAUGCCCCUCUUUAUCUUGCUGGGCCAAUUCUAAGCUUCAAUGCCUUUGCUUCACAGCUGGACAUUCCUCAAAAUAACUAUUCAGUUAGAGACACUACUUGGUACGGUUUGCGUUGGCUGUUAAGUCUUCUUCUGAUGGAACUAAUGACACAUCUCUUUUACUACAAUGCCUUUGCAAUCAGUGGUAUAUGGAAGCAGUUAAAUCCUGUAGACGUGUUUAUUAUUGGAUAUGGGGUUUUAAUCUUCAUGUGGCUAAAGUUUUUUCUAGUAUGGCGCUAUUUCCGAUUCUGGUCACUGAUCUGUGGCAUUGAGGUCCCUGAGAAUAUGCCAAAGUGUGUAAACAAUUGCUACAACUUGGAAAGCUUUUGGAAGAACUGGCAUGCUUCCUACAACAAAUGGCUAGUAAGGUAUUUGUACAUUCCUCUUGGCGGCUCUCAGAGAAAGCUUCUCAAUGUGUGGGUUGUAUUCACAUUCGUUGCCAUUUGGCAUGAUUUAGAGUGGAAGCUUCUUUCAUGGGCAUGGCUGACAUGUUUAUUCUUUAUUCCGGAAAUAAUCUUCAAAUCAGCAGCAAAUGCAUUUCAGGCAAAGACUGCUCUUGGGGAGUUUAUUGUUCGUGAAUUCAGUGCGGCUGCUGGGGCUAUCACAAUCACUUGCCUCAUGGUUGCAAACCUUGUUGGUUUUGUGAUCGGACCAUCUGGGAUUAGUUGGUUGGUUUCUCAAUUCCUUAGCAGAGAAGGAUUACCGGUCUUGGCUGGCAUGCUUUUAACAUUUUAUGUUGGUACAAAGCUUAUGUUCCACAUCCGUGAUGCCAAACAAAGUACCCGCUAAAUUGGCUUCCCAUAUGGCUUUAGCAGUCGGUCCUUAAGCUAAAGUCUAGUAUGAAAAGCACUGACCAUUGAAAUGAAAAACUAGACUUGAAGUUCCAGACUGGAACUGGUUUGCGCAGAGGACCUUGAUUUUGUAGUGAGGGUACAUAACUAAUGCAUAGUGACGGAAAGAAGUAUACGGUUGGGAAAGGAGUAUCCCUUUGCUAAAGUAUAAAAAGCAACUGAUGCGGGAAAGUUGCGAUUCUGAUUUUCUUUUUUCAUUUUCUUUUGUAAAACUCCUGCUCUGUGGUUGUAAUUCAUCCCCAGUAAUCUCGAUUUCAUAGUGUUAUACGUUUGCAGUACAGAAUUGAGGGUAAGACACCAAACACAAAUACUUCCAU